AUGGCAUCAAUGGUGAGUACCGACUAAUAAACAACGCAGAAUAAAAAUUUUAAGAAUAAAAAUUUUAAACGCCAGGUUUUAUUAACACAGGGAUUCGUGAGUAUGAUCAAUUCGAUCAUUUACAACUUGAACUCAGCAAACUACAACGCCGGGUCCCGGAAAGCAAGGACACUACCGGUGACCACCAUAAGGGCAUCUAAUCGAUAUCGCUACAGCGAUUCACGUUCGAGUAAGAACGAUUAGCUAAACGAUAGUAAAAAUCGAGAGCGGAUAUUUUUUAGCGCGAUCAAUGAUCGUAAUUUCACGUGUAUUACAUCCCGUUUAGGCUUUGGCACGUCCGACACACGCAAAGUUAUACGCGAACCUUUGCGCAGACAUAAUUAGCAACGGCUUCGUCGGCGCGCGUCCUGGAUCUGGACAGGAGUUUCAGACCGCACUGCUACUGAUAUGCUACGACAAAAUGAAACAGUCUUGGGAGACUACGGCGGUACCGACACAAAAACUAUAAUAUUAAAUUCCGAUUCCCGUAUAUAGUAAUAUAUUAUGUUAUAAAUACGCAAUGAUUAUGUUUUAGGCGACGCAAUUCAAGGAGAAACGCGUGUCGGAUCGUCAAAUCAACUAUUUCUCAACAAACUGCGUGUACGUUUUCAAUAUCAAAAAAUAUAAUAAUAAAUAAAUUUAAUUUGGUAUUAUUUACGUGUUCUGUCGUUUUAUAGAUUUAUCGGUGAACUCUAUAAACUCGGCGUCUAUCCCGCAGUUAUUGUAUGGUCGUUCAUAAACAAAUUGGUGAAUAGACACAAUUGUGAUGUACAAGUCCGAUGCUUGUGCGCUCUCUUGACGUCGGUGGCACCGAAAUUGUCCGAGGUAAAAUACGCAUUUUUAAAAAAACAAAUUUAAUUAAAUAACAUCAUAAAUUGUGCACUCGACAUUAAUGCGUACUUUAUAAUUAAUGACCCAUAGACCUACACUAUGACGACCGCCAUGUCGUUGAAAAUGAAAAAAACUAUAGACGAAAUCAGGCAAACAUACUGGACCAACCGGAUUCGUGAACGUAUGAUUAUUAAUAAUUAAUUUUUGAAAAUUCUCUCCCGAAUCGAUCACAAAAUAUAUAUAUGGAAAUACAAAUGUCGAAUUUGUUUUACAGUUGAAAUGAAAAUUCUAAAUUUUUGAGACAUUUUUGUUUUAGCUAUCGAUCCGUACAACACGAAGGUUUAAAACGUUUAUAACUUUUUUUUCUUCUUUUUACUUUUGAAUUAAAGUUGGUAAUUUCGAUUUGAAUUUUUGAUUAUUUGUACAUUCUUCGUUUGAACAGGAUUUCAAAGCCAUUUUGGUUCUAGGAGAAACCGUAUACGAAAUAAUUGCAUUUUUUUUUUAAAUUGAUAUUUUAUAAUAUCAUAACAGGUCUAGACAAGUCGGCCAAGCAAAAACUACUCGUCAAUAGAGAAUGUUCUUUCGAACCGUCCGAUGACAAUUUACAAACCGCAGAGUUAAUAAUACACGCUGAUCCGUUGGAAAUACUUUUGAAGAUGACCAACAAAAUACACACCGAAGAAUCCUAUGUAAGUUAAAAUACGUUUUUAUAAUCGUACGCAUGGCAGUGUCGGACUACCGUAAAAAUGAUUUUAAUCUGUCGGUUCCAAAAGGCUAUAUAUUAUAUACAUUUUAUAAAAUUGUGCAGGACAUUGAACAAUUGUUAACGCCAUUUGUAAUCUCGUCGUUGGAGCGUGAUCAGGUGAGCCUGAUUAUUUCGCUGAAUCAUGCGGCGUUCGAUAACGGAGACGAGAAAAUGCGUACCGUUGCCGGCGUAUUAUUGGCCGACCUCGUAAACGCGGGGCGGCUAACGAAAUAUAACGUUGUCAAAGGGUACUCUAUUUAAACAAUAUCAUUAUUUUUGUAUCUGUUUUGUAGUCAACUAACUUCGAUCUCGAUAUACAAAAACUUAAUUCAGGUUUCACGUAAUGCUUAAGGCCAAAAAGGUCAACGAGCAAUAUCCUGAUGUACCGGAUUUGAUACAAGAAAUUAGAAAAGCGUUCGAGGACCGUUUAAUUGAAGCAAAUACGAUAAAAGAAACUUUUUACGGAGCUAAUGGGAUCUUCCAGUGGUUCGACUGCAGUUCAAACAAAGAAUUGAUUAACGCUGAAUUUUCGGAACUUCUGGUAAAUUUCGGAAGCAAAAUUCAUUUCAAAGAACGUCAUGUAAGUUAAAAUAUAUUCAAUGUUUUACGUUACAUCUUUACCGUGCAUAUUUAAUCGAUCCGUGUUUAACAAUGCAAACAUUAGUUCCUAUUCUUUUUAGUAUAUAUUAUGUAACGCUAAACUCAUUUUCAUUAAAAAUCCACCUGCGUCAUUUUGCAGCUAUACAAUUAUACAAUUUCCAAAAUGUUACACGAUAUCGUACGUCUAGUGAAGCCAGUUUUACUUUGCAUGUUAAAGCACGGCCAUGUAAACAUGAUCGUGUCAAUGAAUUAUACGGCAAUCCAUAGUCAAGAAAAAACCAUCCGCGUUAACGCCAGAAAUUUGUUGGCUAGACUCGUAUUGGCGGGAAGGUUACGAAAAACAUCAAUCAUUAAAGAGUACCUACAAACAAUAUUAUUUUUGUAUCGAUUGCCCCGUCAAAACUAACUCUGAUCUAAACAUCCAAAUAUCUGUUACAGGUUCUGCGAGAUACUCAUCGACGACGCAUCCAGUGAAUACUUCACUAACAUACCCGAAUUACUAGCCACUAUACGCACAGCGUUUAAAAAUGAAUUGUAA